GCGCCUGCUUCACGUCAGAAGGAAGACCUCGCCUGGCUUCACCGUGGAUGAUGCUGUCUGUCAUCUCCCUCACUCUCAUCACAGCCUCCGCCGCCCUCACCGCCCUCAGACCAGAGACCUUGGAGUGCGUGCCAUGCUCCCCCAGCAGGUGCCCAGCCAUCGGGGAGUGCCCACUGGGCAUCACUUGGGACGUGUGCAACUGUUGUGAAGUGUGUGCCAAGGAGUUGGACGAGGAGUGCGGGGGUCCAUGGAGCGCCUACGGCAAGUGUGGCCCCGGGCUGACCUGCCUGAAGGACGCCAGAGAGUGUCCCUACCUCUUCCACCCGCGGGGCUCCCCCGCCGACACCGGCUCCGACAUCUGCGACCACUACCUCUUUAACGCGAUCGGGAGGUGUGUGGCCAGCGACGCCGUCAUGGAGUCCGCCUUCAAGAGAAACAUAGUGAAGGAGGCGACGAUAGCAGCAGAGAACCAGAGGAACACGGCCCCGGCUCCGCUUAAGAAGUUCCCCACCAUGGCGGGGAGGAGACUGAUGAUGAAGGACGUGUUGAGGGCAGUAGAGUACUGAGGAAAGGUACUUUUUGACUACUGAGGCCUCAUCUAACUCCACCAUCGUGCUCUACAUGCCAAAGUCUUCAACUAACCUCUCCACAUCAUUGUAAAUUUUGACAAUAAAAACUUCCUGCGCGUCAAAA